GCUGGAAGAGCAAGAGUUCCAGCAGGAGCUCUUCAGGGAGUACAUGCAUUGCCCGAAGGCAGGCUGCACGGUAUGUCCCUCUAAAGGUCCCUAUGCAUGGGCAGCAUGUACCAGCUGCUCAACACAGUGCUUUGGUAAGAUGCAAGACAGUGUUUAUGGGACUUUUUUCUGGGUCAUCCCCAUGGUCCUCAGCCCUUACUUGUGAUGGAAAGAAAAGGGCAGGAAUCCAAAUGAUCCCUCUGUUCUUUUUGUGCCACUUUUUAAAUAUUAACUUCCAGUUGCUGGGACAUUUGCUUGUUUGUUUUCCCUAAUGGGUUGUUUGCGUAGCAUGCUUUUUGCAGCUGUCCUGCAUGUUUGCUGUUUUAAUAAAUGUGGUUUUCAGAAUUUCUUACUCUGAGAAAUAUCUAAAAAGAAUUUUAAAGCAACUUUAGAACACUACCAUGCUGAAGCAUUGUUGACCGUUCUACUUCACGGUAAGACUGGAUCCUUCACUUAAAAUAUGACCUUGAAUGUAAACUUUGUUUAAAUUUACCACCCAUACAUACUGGAAUCCCCUUCCGAAAUCUACAUCACAAUCUCUCUAAGCCCUCUCUUAGUUCUGCUGUGUUGCUUGUCUCGAGUCUUAGACAGCAAAACCGGUGGCAUUGGUCUAGAUUUAAGGACUGUACUUAUCUGAUAAUGUUUUUCUUUAGAUAGCCUAGGGAACUUCUUAAGAUGGAUUGGUUGUAAGUAUUGUACUACUGACAAAUACUGUCAGUGUAGAUGGGAGACCCAUUUUGUUGUGUACAGUGUGUAGUAGUAAAGCUUUUCUGAUGAUGUUACGUGAUUCUUCCAUAUACUGGCAGUAGGUCUCUUAAGUGAAUACCUUCUUCUGAGCCAUAUGUAAAGAACAGAUUUUGAUUUGAGUAUUGUAUUACAUACAAAAUAAGACACAGGCAGAAAGUGAAUCUGGCCUCGAUUUUAAAGUGCAUCCUAGAAAUAGCUGGCCUUUUGAGAGAAAGGCAGGAGUUGCAAUAGCUCACAACUCUUCUCAAAAGCCUCCAACAAAACGCUGACAAGAAGUAAUCUAGAAAUCCCUUUCUAACAACUGUUGGGUAGGUCCCCAGAAGGCUGCAUGCUCAGGGUGUAGGGGCAUGUGGCAGAACACAAGCUGGAGCAGGAUAUCUGCCAUAAAGUCAUUACACUCUUACUGCUUACAUCAGUGCGAUGUAAAUUGCUGCACCACUUUCUCUGAGGUGUAAUAUGAUAAGAUGUUUUUAUCUGGAGGAAUGUAGUCAAGCCUUGCAGUCCCCCCACUACACUUUGCACCCUUUGCAAGUGUAGUGUGUUUGCAAAUAUGACCUGAGGGAAAAUAUUGUUUAUUGUUUCAAGAUUUUGUAUUGACAUUGCUAUAUUGCUUUUAAACUGCUUUAUGCAAACUGCUUCCUUACCUACAUGUGCUUUAUUGUGUCAAGCAACAGCUUUCCUGUGAAGCAUUUUUCAGCUGGUAGAUAUUAUUAGCUUAAUAUUACACCAUUUUGGUUUUUUUAAAUACAUUUUCACUUUAGACAAAAAAAAAAAAAAAAAAAAAAGUCACUGAGUUAGUGCAUGUGUCACUGUCGUUCCCAUUCACAUGCAAGGCAGAAGAGUCAUUGAACACAUCACACUUUUGUUUGUCCUUCUGUUUUUUUCUGGGGUUGGGAAACCAAACAAAAACUUUACUUUGCAAUCUGUUGUGAUCUGCAGCAACUAUAGCUGUGAAUACAUUAUUUUACCCCUAUAGAAGGUAGGGCUGGCUUGCAAAUGCAGACAUGCGAAGGAAUGCGCAUUGUCUCUACACCACCCAUAGCUUUACCCAUGAGCUUUAUUUUAAUGUUUGUUAAAACACAGAAAAAUGUUCAGCUGUUAAUGACUGCUGUAAUUGUGCAUAAAGACCUUGAGUGCUACAGAGACCUAAGAAACAAAUAGGGGACAAGAAAUCAUUUAUGUUCCAAAAAAAUAAAUAGGAGUAUCACAAGGUAGGAAGGCAGCAUUGGCCAAGAACAGACACUUAUUCUACAAGUCAUUAGCAUAAGUUGAAAAAAAUCUCUAGGUCUGAGAACUUCCAGUUAUUCUGCCUCUGUUCUUCGUCUACAAAUGAUCAGUUGUGUACACAUGGUGCCAGUACUGUUAUGUUUGCUGUUCAAGUCUGGCUGGAAGUACAUUAAUUUGUUCCAUGCUUUGGAAAUGGUGCUUUGUAUUUUGCAGCAGCUUCCUUGGGAGAUUUUUAUUAUUGUUUUAAUUAUACAUUUGCAUGCCUGUAACUACUUUCAGUGUAUGUUUACUAUAAGAAGUGGUGGCAUCCCAAGAAUAAUAAUAUGUUUACUCUUCAUGAUUUGUGAUGCUUGCUGUGGUGUUUUGUUUUGUUGUUGUUUUUUUUUAACUGUUCUGUGUGCCCGUGAAACAGGUUGCCACUGAGAUUUUAAUUCAAGAGAAACAUGGGAAUUAAAGCCUGUCUUAAUAUUUUACUAACAAAAUGAUGAGAGAGAGGACAAAGAUGGAAUUUUAUGGUGGUGUUAAGUGAAUCAGUGAUAAACCAUAAAUCUGUUUUGUCUUUGACAAUUUAGGAUCCAUGACCAUAAUGCGGAGUUGUUAUUUAUUUCAUGCAGUAGACUUCUUCUCAGUUUAUUAUAGCAUGUGUUUUUUACAUGGCAGAAUGGAAGAAUUCCGUAGCUUUAUGUUUCUGAUCCAUACACUGUGAAAUUUCAAAGGUUAUGUUUCAUGAUAUGAGUUUCAGAAUGUAGACUUGACAUUUAUGUAACAAAAAGAAAUCUGGAACAAUGUUGCUUAAUGCAACCAACUGUUACAUAUCUCUGUUGUUAAUAACUUAAUUUUUAACAUUCUCAGCGUGUCAUGCAUUUAAGCUCCAAUGAAAGUGAUUUUCUGCAUUAAUGGUUUGUUUGUAUGCUGCAUUUUUUCAUUAUAAGUUGAAAAGAUGUGGGAAAGAAAAAUGAAAAAAAAAAAAAAUCCUAAGCAGCAUUAAAUGAGAGCAUAAUGCUUGACGUUUUACUUCUGGGACUCUUUGAGGGAUGUAUUUUUCCCCUCUCUCCAAUUGCCUUUUAGUCUAAGUUUCCUUUCACUCGUGCAUCAAGGAAUGCUUAUUUUUGUUUGUUUUUAUUGAAUAGAGUCUACUACCUUGUUACUUAGUUGAAGAAGUCUUUCCUAUGUCAAAAGCAACUACUUAUGUGAAAAGAUUGUUCUUAAGAACAGAUAAUGUCAUUCAUGAAUCCUUCAACAUGCCGCUACCCUCCAGCGAGGGCAUAAACUCCCUAAAAAAAGAGGAGACCUGUUCUUGUGACCUAUUUAUGAAAAACAGAUUGAAAUUAGAAAAUCAGUGUUAAUCGCAUGACGUUUUUCUUUUGGCAUGUAUCUUUCAGAGUUUGGUUUUGUACAACUCUUUUUUUUUAUGUUAUUUUGAGCUCUUUGGAUGGAAAUAGAUUGACAGGUGACUUAAAGUUUUUGGCAAUAAAAAUAAUUUUAUUAAACAAAUUAAUUAUACCAAGCCCUGUAUAAUGACCGUGGCAGUGUUAUUCAACAGAUGGUCACAGGUUCUGUUUUAUGAAUGGGAAUAUUGGGAAUUCUCCAUACUCAUUAUGUGCAAGAGAUUCACAGAUGUCCUUUGCAAAUCUGCUUGUGAAAGGCUGGAUGCUUUAAGACAGCAGCAGAAAAGAAGAAAUGGAGUCUCAAUGAUGGUAAACAAGACUGUUCCUCGUGUUGUUUUGACACCAUUAAAGGUGUCUGAUGAGCAGUCGGAUUCACCUUCAGGAUCUGAAUCUAAAAAUGGUGAAGCAGAUGGUUCUGAUAAAGAGAUGAAACAUGGACAAAAGUCUCCAACUGGAAAACAAACAAGCCAGCACUUAAAGAGGUUAAAAAAAUCUGGUUUAGGACAUUUGAAAUGGACCAAAGCUGAGGAUAUUGACAUAGAAACACCAGGAUCCAUUCUAGUGAACACCAACCUGAGGGCUUUAAUAAAUAAACACACCUUUGCUUCUUUACCUCAGCACUUUCAACAAUACCUCCUGCUUUUGCUUCCAGAAGUAGACAGACAGAUGGGGAGUGAUGGAGUUUUGCGCCUCAGUAGUUCUGCUCUAAACAAUGAAUUCUUCGCAUAUGCAGCACAAGGGUGGAAACAACGAUUGGCAGAAGGAGAAUUUACUCCAGAAAUGCAGUUGCGCAUCAGACAAGAGAUGGAAAAAGAAAAGAAAACAGAGCCUUGGAAAGAAAAAUUCUUUGAAAGGUUUUAUGGUGAAAAAUUGGGAAUGUCGAGAGGGGAAUCUUUGAAACUCACUACAACGCAGAACAAUGAUGAAGACAGCAAUUCUUUGUGUGGAUCUUCUGGUACACCUGGUCCUUCUAAGCAAGCAACCUUUGAGGAACAUGAACAAAAAGGCACUAAAACUCCAGCACUACCAGAGAAAGAUAACGGUCCAUCUGUUUGUAACAUGGAACAGGUUCCUGUCAAGAAUCUAGUGGCAGAGCCAGAGGAUAUACUGAUACCGGAGGAAUCAAUCAUUCAGGAGGAGAUUGCUGAAGAGGUUGAGACAAGUAUUUGUGAAUGCCAGGAGGAGAACCAUAAAACAGAACAGGAGUUUUCUGAGGAGUCAGAAAGUCCAACUGGAACAAAUGAAGAAGCAGAGGCAGUGCAGCUUGCAGACAACGCUGAGUCCUGUGUCACAAUGAAUGAUGUAACUGAUACUGCAUCUCACAUUGAAAUUAAAGUGGAGUUGAAGUCAGAAUGCCCUCAGGAGGAGAUGUCUGUUGUGAUAGAUCAGCUGGAGGAUUGUGUAUCACCAGCACGAUCAGCUUCAUCCACAAAUUCUGUCAGUGAUACAGCAGAGAAGGAUUCUGAGUCUGCAAAAGAGCUAAUUGCUCCAGAAAUGCAAAAUACUGCUCUGGAGGGCUCUUUGUUCACUGGUGGGGGCAUUGCAGUGGAUAUGGAGCUUCAAAGUGACCCUGAGGAACAAUCGUCUGAGAAUGCUUGUAUUUCUGAGACUUCCUUUUCCUCCGGAAGUCCAGAAGGACCAUGUGUUUGUAUUGCAUCUCCCGGAGGAGACACUCAGUCAACUUCAGAGGAAGCCUGUACCCCAGCAUCUCUUGAAACAGCUUGUUCAUCUGAAGUGUCCAGUACUGAAAACACUGACGGUGAUAUUCAGCAAAAGGCCACUGAUGAAAACUUGCAUACACCUUUAAUGUCAGAAAUCUCUCCAAUGUCCACCUCACCUGUAACUUCAGAAGCAUCUCUGAUGUCAAAUUUACCUUUAACAUUAGAGGCAUCACCAGCUUCCAAUUUACCUUUAACAUCAGAAACAUCUCCAAUGUCUGAUUUACCUAUAACAUCAGAAACAUCUUCAGUAUCUUCUGUCCUUCUGACUUCUGAAACAUCUGUGGCAAAUAGUUUGCCUCUUCCAUCAGAAACAUCUCCCAUUUCAAAUUCCCCAAGCGAUGAAAGACUUAUUUUGCAACAGAGGAAAUCACCGUGUCUCUUAGAAGAGUCACUCCCCACUUUAAAAGAAGAAAGCUGUGCCAUUCCUAAGGUGGUUCAAGAAGAGAAUCUUGUUGUUCAGCCAAAACAACAUCAGAGUGCACCUGAAAAUUUGAAAGUGGGUCCUCUAACAGUUAUACCUGAUACUUCAGCACUGGAAGAGCCCCAAAGCAAAAAUCUUUGUCAUCAGCCAUGUAAGUCACAUUCUGAAAUUGAGAAAUGCUACAUUGCUUCCAUCCCAGAACACUCCUCCCCUCCAGAGGUGAUCAAAAUUAAAAAUCACAGUAUUCAGCAACGAGGUGACAAGAAAGGGACACUCUUGCCUUCAGAGAUAGCUGUCUUACCAGAAGGAUCAACAGGCAAAAAUAUUGAACUGUUUUCAUCAAAGCAACACGAAAAGCUAUAUACCUCAUCUCUAGAUAAAUCUUCAUUCUCGGAAGUGUGCAGAAGUAAGUCUCAUAAGCUAACAGGCAGUAGCCAAAGCCGACUAGAGAGUUCACAUUCCUCCAAAUCAUUAGAAUCCACAAAAUCACCUGAAGUGAGGAAUGAAAGCAGGGACCCAGAGAUCCCAAAGAGGAAAACAGCAGAACAGCACAGUUUUGGAAUCUGCAAAGAGAAGAGAGCUAGGAUAGAUGACGAUCAGCCUAAUCGUAGUGCUUCAUCAACAAGUCCAUCUGAUAAAGAUCAGCCACUCAGAGAAGAACCCCGAGUUCCACCCCUUAAGAUUCAACUUUCAAAAAUUGGACCACCUUUUAUUAUCAAGAGCCAACCUGUUUCAAAACCAGAACCUCGAGUUUCCCCAAGUACAUCAGUCAGCAGUGGAAGAAAUACUGGGGCUAGAACUCUUGCAGAUAUCAAAGCAAGAGCUCAGCAAGCAAGAGCCCAAAGAGAAGCAGCAGCUGCAGCAGCUGUGGCAGCAGCUGCAAGCAUUGUCUCUGGAGCAAUGGGGACUCCAUGCGAAGGUGGCAAGACAAGAACGCUGGCACACAUCAAGGAACAAACAAAGGCCAAGCUAUUUGCAAAGCAUCAAGCCAGAGCUCAUUUACUCCAGACUAAUAAAGAAUCAAAGUCACAGUUCAACGCAAAGGAAAGUACCUCAUCUCUAGAAGUAUCAGCUUCUACUGAUACAAAGAUUGAAGGUUCUACCGGUGUCAUUAUAGUUAAUCCUAACUGCAGAUCCCCUAGCAACAAAUCUGCCCAUCACCGUGAGACUACCACUUUAUUACAGCAGUCACUUAACACAGCUACAUUACCAGAAACUGCUACUGAGAUACCUGUGCACAGUUCCGAUGAGAAUAUACCUAUGCCACAAUUGUGUGAGAAAAUUAUUUCAUCUACCUCUACUGAAAGUAACAGUGUGCCAGUGCUUUAUAAUAAAAGUUCAGUCUCUGUGUCUGUUUGCAGCACUGCUAUGUCUGGAGCAAUUAAAGAACUUUCUUUUGCAAGUUCUGUUGAUAAAUCCUCUGUUUUAAUGUCUGUUGACAGUGUGAACACAGCAGUUUCAGCUUGUAAUAUAAAAAUGCUGAAAUCCAUCCAAGGGGCUGAUACUCCAUGCAUAGCCGUUGGACCAAAAUGUAUUGAUAACAGUAAUGUACCGGUCUCCAUAGACAGCACAGUCUUAUCAAAUGCCGUCGAUGACAAAAGGUUGCCGAUACCAAGUAGCAAUGCAAAUAAUGCAGUCUCCAGUCAUUAUGCCACUGUGCCAGCUUCAUCCAUUGCAAAUAACUUGCCAAAUCAUCUCUCUGGUAGUUCUGUGUUGAUUCCCCCGGUGGGGACUACCAACAGAUUUUCUUCUGAUAAGAUAGCCAUAACAGGGUGUAAUGAGCAAAGCACUGUCUCCAUCCACACUACCGUCAGGUCAGCUUUAAGUUGCAGUGAGGCUGUUGCAGUAGCAGAUUCUGUCUCAAGGCCACCCAUUUCAAUGUUUACUGGUAACAUGGUGACAAUAAGCUCGUACGAUAACGCUACUAAAUUAAAUGCUGAUCUCUUAGACAAAAGCUCUGGAGCACGAAACCGAAUGGAUCUCUCGGGUAAAUCUCAGCCAGUGAGCUAUACACAAACUGCCAUGAAUAGAUCUAUACCUUGCAAAGUCAUUGUUGACCACACUACAAAUCUAAAUUCCAGUCUGUCGCUUUCUUCUUCAAUUGAAAAUGCAGAGAACAGCACUGACCUGCAGAGCAGAACUGUACGGACAGAAGCUGCCUUACAAAGUAUAGCCUGUCCUCAGGUGUCUGUAAUAAGCAGGCCCGAAGUAGUCUCUAACGAAAGCCUUGAGCACAGUUCCAGCUUUAUCACCAUUACAACAAAGCAAGACAGCAAGAACUUGCAGGCAGGUUGUUCAAGUCUUCGAGAAGUGCCUCUUGCUCCCCAGGAUAAAUUAAUUGAGGUGGUUACUCCCAGCCAAGGUUUUGCCGAGCAGUUAAGAGGUCCUUCGGCAUUUAAAAAUGAAGCAGAUGCUGCCUGUGUCAGUCAGUAUAGCACUAACAAUAGAAUUUGUUGGCAUGAUGAAGAGGCAAUGAACACAGACCAGCCGGUGGUCAGCCAUCUUAACGCCAGUAAGCAUAAGGAAUAUGCAGAACAAAACUGCUUAAAAAGUGUCAAAACUGAACCUUCCAGUUACACGCAAAUGUCAGAGCUGCAGUCCAGGAGUCUUUUGACGAGCCUUGCUGUUCCUGUUAAAUCUGAAACUAACGAGUCUGACAAGUGCUUCAGGAUGGACACAGAGGAUUUCACAGGCCCUGAAAUGGCGGCCCAACCCACAGAAAUAGCCCCGAGCGCACAGCCAACGCAGGCUGCCAAGGCACCCAUUGCAGAUUCCAUGGACGACUCCCUGUCCCUGACAACAGAAACCCUCAAAAGAGUUACGAGUGCUGGGGGCUCAAGCUGUCGCCUCUCAUCAGUGGAGGCCAACAAUCCUUUAGUGACACAAUUACUGCAAGGCAAUCUGCCUUUAGAGAAAGUGCUGCCGCAGCCCAGAUCAGGAGCCAAACUAGAAAUUAGCAGGCUUCCCUUGCCUUUGCAAACUACCUCAGUAUGUAAAACAGCAGUGUCCGAGAGAAAUAUUGUUGAGCAUCCUUCCAGUUCUCCUAACCCAGAUGGUAAAGGAUUUACAGCAGGCAGCAUAGCCCCGCUACAAAUCAGAAAGCGUGAAAACCAUCCAAAAAAGAGGAUGGCCAGAACUGUAGGGGAACACGCUCAAAUUAAAUGCGAGCCUGGGAAGGUGUCAAUGGACACCGAUGUUAAAGCAACUCCUUGUGUAAUUAGUUCCAGCAUGAACCAGCUAGGGCACGGGCAGCCAUUUAAACAAGAGUGGCUGAACAAACAUGCCGUUCAGAGCCGCAUCGCUCACAGCCCAGAGAUCAAGCAGCAGAAGAGGCCAUUGCCUUCGUGCAGUUUCCAGCAGAGCUUAUUUCACAUUGAUAAAAACGGCAGCUUUCAUGCAGAAGCUAGUACCUCACAUAGACAACAUUUUUACCAAAUGUCCAUGGCUGCAAGAGGCCCGAUUCCCACGGCAGCUUUGUUGCAAGCUACUUCAAAAGGCCCACCUGGCUGCAAUGCGUUUGCUUUUAGCAGACACCUGGAACAGAAGAGCUUGGGAGAUGGGAAUAUUUCUACAGCAGCUCACCAGCUGAGGCUAGGAAGUGUGUUUUCCCCCAACAUUCAGAUUAAGGAAGGUGAUGACAUUGCCAGUGCCUCUCAGACGCUCCAGAGUAAAACCUUAGUGCAUCCUCCCCCUCUGCCCCCACCCCUGCCCCCGCUUCCCCCUCCUCACCCAAAUGCAGAUGUCCCCUCUGAUCAAAAACAACCGACAGUUACUAUGGAAACCACAAAACGACUUAGUUGGCCUCAGCCAGCAAGCAUCUGUAGCAAUAUAAAAUCUGAACCUGUUUCUUUUGAGGAAGGUUUAAGCAGCAGCUGCGAACUGGGCAUGAAACAAGCUUCCUAUGAGCAGAAUGAAGUGAAAGAACAGUUAAAAGCAUUUGCAUUAAAGAAUGCAGAUUUCUCUUCCUAUUUACUCUCUGAGCCACAGAAGCCUUUUACCCAACUUGCUGCUCCGAAAAUACAGACGCAGCACCCGCAGCCACAGCAGCAGCAGCAGCAGCAGCAGCAGCAGCUCUGUGGAAGUUAUCCAACAAUACACUUUGGUAGCACAAGCUUCAAAAGGGCAGCAUCUGCAAUUGAGAAAUCAAUUGGGAUGUUAGGAAGUGGCUCAAACGCUGCCACGAGCCUGUCUAACCAGAAUGCGCAGAUGCCAGUUCAGAAAUUUGCUGACAGUAGCAAUGCCGAUGAACUGGAACUGAAAUGCUCUUGCAGGCUGAAAGCCAUGAUCGUGUGCAAAGGCUGCGGCGCCUUCUGUCAUGAUGACUGCAUAGGGCCUUCCAAACUGUGUGUAGCUUGCCUGGUUGUACGGUAGAGACUGGGUCAAAGAUGCAGUAUCCCUUGUCCGCAUGGGAGAACAGGGCAGAGAAAUGGAGGGAUGGAACAGCUUAGGCCAUUAACAGUUUGCAAUUAGUUGAUUGGUUGUUUGUUUAUUUUUGUUAUUUUUUUUCCCCUUGUGGUGAUUUCAGAAUUUAGUUAUUCUGGCCUAAGUGCCAUUCGCAGGAAAGAAGAGGAAAUCUCUAGGACUAGUUUUAAAAAAACUGACAGCUUUGCCACCAAAGCUUCUAUGAGCACUCAUGCUGUGUUUAAAAAAAGAAGAAGAAGAAAAAAAGGCAUUAUUGCAUGGCAUUCCUAGCUCCUAUUUAUUUGCACAAAGUGCAACACGUUUUCCCCCACUUUUUUGAUUGUUGAUAGAAGCUACAGGUUAAAGAUCAGUGGAAAAAUAACUCUGUGAGAAGUGGAGUACUAUGCAGAACUGCACACCGCAUGCCAACUGCCCAUCUCAUGUAGGGCAGUGGGAAGGUGAGCACAUCGGCCAUGGUAGCUUCUCAGUUACUUUGCAGUUUUUCUGCUAAUUGAAUUGUUUUCUUAAAAUGACUUUCACUGUCAAGAGCUAAAAUAUAGUCACCUCACUUAGCAAAAAAUGUGGAAUUUAGAUCAUUAGAGGAGGUUCCCUCACGUGCCUGCUGGGGAUUAUGGAACUGAAAUCUUACUCAUCAUCUCUUCUCCUUGUUUCCUUGAGAAAGACUCAUAUCUGUGAUGGGUUAGUGAGACCAGAACUGGAAUCACGUUGCCUUCACUAGAGUCUUGAGAAAGUAACUUCUCUAUUGGGUAUUAGAAGCCUCUUUUCCUGUUUCCUACUCAAAUAUUCUUUAUUUGUAUUUGUCUCUCUAAUCUGUCCACUUGGUUUGUCAGCCCCAAAUAUAUAUAGGGUCAGACGUAUGUACUAUGUUCUGGAUAUUUUAGCCUUUCUGUGGCCUAAAAUCAAUGCAUUCUAAUGAUGAAUUAAUAAGGAAAGAUUCUAAUUGUGUAUUGAUUGCAUACUAGAUUAUCAGUUAUUUUUCCUUUUAUGUGAGUUACUCAAAAUAACAUCUGAAUUUUGUCACUUAAAGUCAUUCUUAAGCACUAACUUUUUUUUUUUCUGAAAGAAAUGUAGACCUCUUAUUCUACAUUUUAGAAAUUUGAAAGUGAAAAGGCAUUUUUAAAAGGGAUACUGCAUCUUUAAAGUGAUCUUCAGUAUUUAUCCAGUACUGUAUUUAAAUUUAGGACUGUAGUUGCAUUCCAGAUGUGUGAGCCACCAUUACAGCAGAGAAGAAAAACAAUAAUUUGGGGGCCCUAUACACCUAAAAGGAAAAUAUUAUAAAGGGAUAAAGCACGUGCAGUUGCUGGGGAGAUGAAAAUACCUUGGGUUUUUUUACUCCCACUUCAAGAACACAGAAUGUAGAGUGCAAAUCAUCCAUCUGUCAAUACGUGAUUGGGUCUGCCCAAAUGUGAGCAUCAGAGAGAAAUGUUAUUUUUACCAUUACAGUAGAACCUCAUUAAUCCAAAGGCCUUCCAAUCUGCUCAAGAAAACUGGUUUUCUUUUCACAGUUCUCAGAGAAAUGUAAUAAGAGUGUAGUAAGAGUGCAUCUGGUGUAGUACUGUUUAGAUCUCAGUAUUACUUAAGUAUCUAACGCUGCAGUUACUGUGGCAUUCUGAAAUAUUAAUGUGAAUGAAUUUAGGAAAUUAAUGAUUUUAGGAAACAGAAAGUAUACUACAUUUUACACAGUGCUUUUUUAAUGCAAUCUUUGUUUGCAUACUUACUAGUAAGCUGUAACUGGUCUCCCUGACACUGGUAUUAGUGAGGUCCUACUGAAUGGAGGAACCACAUAGAUUUCCUUGUGGGACCAUUUUCACAAACAUGAUAAAUGCCGUUUAUUGUCUUAACAUUGAGCUGGAAUAUCUACAACAUACAUUCCUGUCAUAGGAAGCUAUAUGGUGCACCUUGAUGUUCUCUUUUAUUGUAAUUAGCAACAUAUCAAUAUUAUUUUUGACACUGUGUGAUACAAAGGCCAUUUAUAAUUACACUAACAAAUUUGUUGCUGAUACAAUAAUAUAUUUUUUCUAUACAAAAGUGCUCCUUAAUAUGAAAUCAGAGUUAAGCAAUGGCUUCUCAGCACUUUCAGGUCUCCUGGUAAGAAAAUAUGCCAGCCAAGCAAAAACCUAGAAGUAACCGUAUGAAAAUUCACACUCAGUGGUAUGCCAGCUGCUGGAAAAAUAGCGACUGGAAAAUACUCAUGGAUAAGCAUGAGUGUAGUCAGUUUAUGCAUAUCAAAUUCAUAUUUGAGGAGCCUUUGUAUUGGAAUUGUAUUGCAUUGUAUUUAUACUUGGUAUAGGUAGGAUGCUUCUAUUUAAAAUGAAGAGAGCGACCAGUCUUCUUAUAACCUGUGUUUAUAUAAGCCUGCUGGGAAUCCUUAUUUCUAGCUCAGGUUUUCCUGUCCGCAGCACAUAAGUCAAUAUUUGUUUGUACUUGCAUCUUGAAAUACUUCUUGUAUUGACUGACAUCAUACAGAAAUAAAUUCCGGCCACAAAAAAAGAAAAGUUUUACUUUGUUCAAAGGAUAAGAGUGUGACUAAUGUGGUAGGUAACUCAUUCAUGUCAGACUGACAUUUUUGUAUCAGGACUGCAACUUGCAUGUGUGAGGUCAUGAUAAAAUGUUAUUUAAAGUGGCAUUAGACUAAAUGGUGCUAUGUUCUAUUAUACCACUGACCAAACUCUUCCAUAGUGCAGUUCCAUUUCUUUCAUCCAUAAGUCACUGAAAUUGCACUAGGAAUAAAUUUGACCAAUCAGUUAACAACAGUUGUGAAGUUACAGAAAAUAGUUUUAGGUUAUUGCAAUAUUCAAAAGCAACUGCACUGAUAUGGGAACCCCACUGAAUCUUAGUAGGACUGAAAAUCUUACUUGGAUUCUCCUAUCACACAAAUGUUUGGGGAAGCAUGACCUAUGGUCCUAAAGCAGUAUACAAUCACCUUUAGAAGUUAAUUUUGAAUGACUCCUUUUCUUUUCUCUAAUUGCAGGGCUUCAUGCCCAAUGUCAUUCUGUUUUCUAAUGACUGUGCAGUUUGCACCAUUGGGUGUUAAUAGUUGAUGCACUGAAAAGUGGUGAAAGAAUUGCUUGAGAACACACUGCUCUGUCUUUGCGUGUACAUAUGUGUUCCAGUGUCCAGCACACAUAAUUUACUUCUUUUUUUUUGUGAAUCUCCAAAGUUGUUCCCUACUCCUAAACCCCACCCCUACCCCUGAAGCAGCACUUUUGGGUGAAAGGGAGAAACACUCCUUUUUUCUUUCCUCCCUCUUUGUUUUUGUUAAUUGCAUACCUGCAAGUUAUGCAGAUAACAUUAGGGCAUUUGCAGUGUGUGUGUUUGCGUGUUACUGUUCUAAACUAGUUUUCCAAGCAGUAAUUCCCUUUGAAAGAACAUAAAAAAGAAAAAAUGAAAAGAAAAAAAAAAAAAAAGAAAAUGAAAUGAUAAACUGGAUGCUCCCUGUUUGUGUUUUAUUUACCUGCUGAGGUCUAGUACAUGAAACAAUGUUUAAAAGACGAAAAUCAAGGUUGAGCCAUAAAGCAAAAGGUGUAUUCUCUGUACUAUAGACUUUCAUCUUGAGGGCGGUGCAUAUUGUCAGGGUAAGCUACAGAACCUGCAGAUGGUUUUUCAGGGCCCUGCAAUUCCUUGCCCGGUUUUAAGCUGGUGCAUAUGGUGCUUUAUAAUGCAAUUUCCUAAGUAAAAUUACCUUAUGCUGCACCCCCUUCCCCGAUGAACACACGCACAAUUUCAGAAUAGUUAUUGUAGCCUCUGGUUGAGCAGUUUCUCCAAGGUGUGGUGAAGUACCAGGAUGAGCACGAGCUGAGAAAUGCCACCGAAAGGGAUCAUUGUAGCUGACGCACGUGAGGUGCCCUGCUCUGAGCACUGAAUGACUUCCCCAGCCUCCUGGCACAGCACGGCCUGGCGUCCUCUGGGCUCUGCGGGACAUUCGGUGGCUGUGUCACAGACCCGUGUAGCCAAGUGUUUCUGAGUCUAUGAAAUCCUGUUGUCUUCGGUCAUCAUGCUUUGUCACUGUAAAACCAAUAACAACAACGAAAAAGCAUUUUUUAAGUCUAAUUUAAGGAGCUGCUUCUUUUAUAGCACGUAAUAUUUCGCUUUGUACUAUAUUUGAUAGUUAAAGAAUAAUUUAGUCCGUAGGAUAACUUUGUUGUAUUUGUACUGUUCAUGAAUGUUACAAGAAAAGUGCUUUACUUUGUUGCCAUAAUUCUCUUGUACUGCUGUAAAGUAUUUUUUCUGCUUUAUGGAAACUUAACAUAAUCCACAUUUUCAGUACAGGGUUUUUUGUGCUUUUUUUUUUUUUUUUUUUUUUUUGGUCAGUAUUCUGAAUGUUUACAUCUGUUUGACAUUAGCCAUUCUAUGCCUUCAUAGGGCAGUAUUACUCCUGCAGUAUAACAGCAAUGUGAAAUCCACUCAUACUCCACAUGCAUGAGAAGUACAGAUUUAUUGGGGAGAUCCCUACCGUGCGUAGAUAUUUUUUCUAUCCACAUUCAGUGAUGUAAAUACACUCCUUCAGUCCUCUACCAAAGAAAAUAUUAUUCCCAUGGGACAAGGUCGGAAAAUGGUUCUCCGAAUCUUCCGAAGGGGGUGUAGUUGAUUUCAGCAGGAUUGCUACAGUUCAAUGCUGUUAUGCGUCGCUGUGUUGCCCAGCCCAACCUGGCUGGGGGAAACAGGCAUCUUAGUAGGUUUUUUUUGUUUCAAGACAGUGUUUUGUUUAGAAUUCAGGGAUCGUGCUUUCUUUAAUGGUGCUGGUUUUGUUUUUUUGUUUUGUUUUUUUAAGAAACCAUUUUGUUGCCUCCAAAAGUGACCGCUCACAAAACCAUAAAUUAAAUAAAAUAAUUUGUCUUCGUACCUUCUCUCUUCUCCCUUUCCUUUUCCCCUUUUCUGUCCCUUGAAAAUAACAACUUGAGCUUCAAUAUUAAACUAUUCUGGAAAAAAAAUAAAGAGAUAAAAUAA